GGGGGCGCUGGGUCUGGGCUCGUGUCUUUCUGAGGCGCGUGGACUCGGUGGCGGAGGCUGAGACAUCCCGGACACCAAACCCGUGACACCACGAGCCCCCGGUCCCUCCCGUCACACCGGACACCGACACCCGUGGCUGUAGAUGUUGGACCAGAAAGUGGAGGACGCGUCCGGUGAGUGCGCACGGCCACGCGGACUAACCAUGGACAAACCGACCGGAAGCUGCACUCGGUGAGGGAUUCGGAGGAGCCGAACCACAGAGCGGACCCCCCAGCGCGUGCUCACACCAUGGAGAUCCUCCUGCACCUCCUGCUCGCGCUCGUGUCCCUGGACCUGAGCGCGUCCAACCCACCCAAGAAGGUCCGAACCGCCGCCACGCGCAGGACGCACAAGGGGAAGGAGGUGAACGGAAGCACCACGGCGGUGCCGGUGGCCGCGGCGGUACCGGGGAGGGUCACCCAGGUCCAGGCUCCGUCCGUGGGGGUCGUCCACCAGCACGACACGUGCCUGGGCUACUACGACGUGAGCGGACAGUUCGAUAAGGAGUUCUCGUGCAACAACACCGACCACCGGUUCUGCUGCGGCAGCUGCUUCCUGCGCUUCUGCUGCGCGGACCGAGGGAAGCGGCUGGAGCAGAAGAGCUGCAACAACUACAACACCCCCGACUGGAUCAAGACCCAGCCCCCGUCCCCGGCGCCCACCGGGGACACGUACGACCCGGCCCUGGACCAGACCAACACCACGGUCUACAUCACCUGCGGGGUGGUGGCCCUGGUCAUCGCCAUCGGGAUUUCUGCCAAAGUUGCCUACGACAAAGCCACCAAACCCCCCCAGGAAAUGAACGUGCACAGAGCUCUGGCCGACAUUAUGAGGCAACAAGGAAUUUCUCAGUACGAGCACGAAAACAUAGCGGCGGUCGACGGGUCGCCCAAAGACGAGACGCCGAUCAGAACGUCCAAGAAUCACUACACACCGGUCCACGGGAAGGUGUCCAACCACGGGCAUUAUGGGAAGGAGACCCUGCGUCCUGGAGGUCCAGACCUGCACAACUUCAUCUCCUCUGGGUUCGUGACGCUGGGACGAGGACAUCUGAAAGCGCAGCAUUCCAUGGAUGAGUCGGCCCAGAUGUCCUGGCAGACCGACCUGGACCUGCCCAUGUCCUACGGAAACCAUCACCAUGACUACCAGCACAGCCACCUGGACCUGACCGCACUGACCCCCAAACUGGCCCACAGAACUCUGGGAUAUGAGCGUCCCCAGCGGAUGAACAACAUCCUGACGUCGGCCACAGAACCCUACGACCUGUCGUUGUCGCGCUCCUUCCAGAACCUCAGCCACCUGCCGCCGUCCUACGAACUGGCCCUCAAGUCUGACCUAAGUAAAUACUCGUCCUCUCUGCACAGAUUGAGUGACAAGGACAUGGAUGACUACUACCCCAGGAAGCACCUCCACCCGGACUUCGGCGGCCGAGGCCCCACCCACAUGGUGAAGCUGAACGCCGAGCCCCAGCAGCGGCAGCGUCCCCGGGGCCGAGUCCAGCGUGCCAUGUCCCAAGACCACGUCCUGUCUCCGCCCCGGACGCCGCGUCGCGAAAACUACGGCCUGUCGUCGUACGGCGUCAUGUCGGCGGCCGCCUACGGGAGCAGCCGCCAUCUGUCGGAGGAGCAGCUGCUGUCGGCGGACCGCCUCCACUCCCAGGAUCCUUUGCUCCUGUCCCCAGCGAUGAGACGCGACAAGUUCCGGGAGAAGGCAAUGGCGCGAGCGAUGUCCCACGCCGACAUGCUGAUGCCCACCACGCCCGUCAUGGACCGCCACAAGAUGACCAAGAUGCACUCGCAACCCAGUGCCUCCAACAACUACAACACGCUGACGGUCAACCACCAAGCGCCCGCGUCCAAGCGGCAGGCGUUUGCCUCGCGACGAACACACACGGUCGACCACCUACAGUACAUUCCCGGUCAUCACCACACGUAUCGCACUGCCAGUAAGAACGAGGUAACUGUGUGAGCCACGGCGACACAAAGGAUUCCUGAGAGACGAACCUAACGACACCACCAAACACAGUAUGUCUCCUCAGAGUCAACCCUAGGUUCCCCAGUACCUAUGUACCCCGGUACCUAUUUUCCCCGGGGCCUAU